CCAAAAUAUGGAAUUGGGCACAAAAUGGUUAGUCAGUAAUGAUUACACUUUUGCUAACUACAUUGUUCUGUUCAUAAGGCAAGCAUUAAUCAUGACGUCACUGUUGUCAUGGUGAAAAACUCCCUGAGAAAAGAACUUCCACACUUUCAAAAACUUCGCCCUCAUCAGACUGAAAAUAUCUAAUCAAAUUGCCAGCUACGACUCAGGAAACGUUUCCAUUGAAUACAUGUACCGCUAGUACCACAAUCUGAGCAGAAAAUCCUCAUUUGUGGAACAGAAGGACGUUUCUUUAAAGUGGCCUAAACCAAAUCAAUUUCUUUUAGGUCUUGGCACCUUGACCAAUGCCAGUAUUUAAGACGGACAUUAGGUUUAACCACACACACACACACAAGUAAAGUGUUAUUGACAUGUGUACGACCUACUUCCAUAGCAACAUUUCCUCGUUGCGAAAUGUACAUAACUAAGUUAAAUAUAAUUGAGCUUUUCUCAUUCUUUGGGUUGAACACUAAUCUUCUAAGUGAAGAUUGUUCGUGUAGCUUUCUGCCUUGGGGACCAUGAAUACGUGCCUUUUGAACUUCAAUAUUCCCAUGCGAACUUUGAUGAAAGGCUAAAAAGCCAACACAUACAGGGGUCGAUUUUUCACAUUAGCUGACUGACACAUCCUGGGUUUAAGACUAAAUGCAUUUUGUACGACAGUACUGGGACGGUUCUUUGAAGCAGUCCUCAAAACAUCAUUGGGUUCGCUUAUUUCAUUUUAGGUUUCUUGAUUUGUUUUCAAUGUUUAGAUGGUUGCUUCGUAACACGGGGGUAUGAAAAUCUGGCGGUUCCCAGUCUUGAACUUGAAUUGAUAAAUGGAUUAGGCGUUGCCUGUUCGAGCUGGAAUAAAAUCCUCGGUAGGGUCCCGCCGUCGGUAGAUCUCCUGGCUGCGGUGAGGGGUGGGUGUGCUGUGGAAGGGUCUCCGGCAUAGUCAAACCCGAUCGCGAACGGUAGGCAAUUAUCCAACUGAUGUAUUUUCUAUGGUUAUUCAACAUUUAAGUUUUGACCAGGCCAACUGGUCAAUCGGUAUUCAAGACGGGCAUUAUAUAGGUUUAACGUUGCACAGAAUCCAAUGGUUUGCCGUUUCCAAAAUCAUUUCCAGUUGCUUGAGUAACUGCUUUUUGGUGUAUACUAAAAGAUAUUGUGAGAAUGAUUUACAGUUCGGACACCAUUUGCUUCUGAGGAGGAAAUGUUCCCCUUCUCGUGGGCUGGCUUCCCUUGGCAGUUAUUCUCACUUAUUAGCUGAGUUCUACUACUCAUGAUAACCAAUGAUAAAGGCCUGGUCGAGGCAACAACCGUUAUGGCAUGUCAGUUACGUGGUGUGGCCGACAAAGACUUGUACAUUAAUCGCAGAUUUACUCAAAGCUACGUUUUAUGAUCCUGACAAUAUAGUGAAAUUUGUAAAAAAUUCAAACUUAGUUCGUUCUUCUUUCAUCACAAUGGUUGUCAUGACACGUGUCCUUGUCCUCACGACAGCAGAACUCGCUGCCUCACCAUGAAGAGGGCGGCUGUGUUAGCGGCUCUGGUACUCGUGUCUGCGCUGAGAGCCGCGGCCCUCUCGUGUGCGCCCUGCAGCAAGCAGGCCUGUCCCCCCAGCCCGACAUGUCGGGGGGAUGUGCUCAAGGAUCUGUGCGGCUGUUGUGACAGCAGGUGUGCAAAGAUGGAGGGGGAAGCAUGCGGAGGGCCCUGGGGAUUCAGUGGGACAUGUUCGUCCGGACUGUCGUGCGGCAGGGACCCAACUAAGUAUGCACGAAAUCGGGGAACCAACAUGUACUACGGAUACACACGUAUGGCGGUGGGAAUCUGUCAGCCUGAGGACGUGACGAGGGAGGACACGUGCACGGAGCCGAAGAAGGUGGGGCACUGCCGGGCUGCCGUUAGGCGCUUCUACUUCGACACUGCCGAGAAGAAGUGCAAGCCGUUCAUAUUCGGAGGCUGCGGAGGGAACAGGAACAACUUCCUCACCCUGCAGGACUGUGAGACGACUUGUGCUGUCGCCAGGAAUCUUUCCAAUGGUAGCAGUGAGAGCACAGCGCCAUCGCUGUCUAGUAGAAGGGGGGCCUUAGGGCAGAACUGCACCCGGCACAGCCGCUGGUCGCAGUGCGGUUCAGCCUGUCGGCCAUCUUGUGAGAACCCUUCCCCGGCAUGCACCGAGCAGUGUGUUCCCGGAUGUACUUGCGAGGCUGGACGUGUGUGGGAGAAUGAUGAGUGUGUUCCUCUCAUAGACUGUCCGGCAAACAGCUGUCAACAUGACGGAAAAACAUACCAACUCGGUGAAUCCUGGGCGGAGAAGAGUGUUCGCGGCACCGUGUGCAGCUGCUCGCAGAGCGGGACAGUCCAGUGUGACCGGGAGCAGUGCCCACGAGGAGAGGCCCAUAUUAUCGGGGAUGGAGGGAUGUGGACAUGCACAAAAACCGCAGACAUGGCGUGUCCAAAAGGCUACAAAAAGCCUCGCAAGACCAGUGGUCCGUUUCUGUGUUACCGUUUCGAGCGGAGCCGCAGCACGUACAGACGGGCAGAGGACACCUGCCGAGCUGAGGGCGCACGACUGGCCACCAUCAGGGGCAGGAGGGACCAGCUACAUCUACUGCUCGGAGUUUUCACCAAGAUUCGGCAGAGCACGUGGUUCGGCCUUAGUGACAAGGAGACGGAGAAGAAGCUGAUGUGGAGUGAUGGGGUGCCGUACAGCUCCGGGGACUACCGCCGCUGGGCCAGGCGGGUCUCCAACACUCCUGACCAGGACUGCGGCUACAUGAGCCGCCCGCACAGGUACAAGUGGCUGCUCGGGGAGUGCAGCUCUGACCACGCCUUCGUGUGUGAAUACGACCCGUUUGACACCAGUCGUAAGGGCUAAUGCUGAAUUCUAAUCACGUCAUGGUACCCAGGUGUGAGGUACUUGCUUUCGUAACAACUCAGUAAAUAUAGAAUGGUUAGUAUUUGCCAUAACUUGGGAGAACGUUUUCAACAUAAAGAAAGUUGGGCACAAAGUCUGGUACAAGAAAGGGAAAGAAAGAAAAUUUCAAGAAUCUGUACAAGCUAGUAAGCUCUGACACGUAAGCUGUGUAAAAGUGGAUUAUUGCACACAUUAAAAAGUACAAGACAC